AUCGAGCUGCUUUCUCAGGUCAGGCUUGAGGGGCUGGAAAAGACAAGGAGGGAGCGGCCCCCCUGGAAGUGCAGCGAUGCAUCCCGUGGCCGGCAAGGUUCGGUUUGCCAAGUGCCUUUCCUACAACUCUCCGGGACGCCGAGAAGGCAGAUAAGGGCUCACUGGCCCGAGGAGGAAACUCAGGGGCUGCAGCCGCCCCAGGGAGGCCCGAGGGUGGGUCUGAGCCAGGCCUCUGUCUGUCUGAUCUAAGAAGCCUGUUCCUUCUCUCUUGAAUGAGGAAGCUUGGACUCAGUUUGAAGCUGCCUAAAGCGCUGACUGUGCGCAGUUCUGGGAGAAAGCCUGCGCGGGCCUCCAGCUUCAAACCAGCCAGCAGUGAGUGAGAGGCCCCGAGGUCUGACGGAGGGAGAGCCGCGGGGACGAGGCUUGAAAUGCUGCUUCCUGGGCAGCCCGAGGCAGGGGGCUUAAGGAAAUGUGGAUCCCACAGGCGGGGACUUCCUCUCCCCCACGGCCGGAGCACCUCCCAAGGAUCCGUGUCCUCCCACCCAGUCCCCCGGCCCCAGAGGGGAAGAAAUAAUCCCAGAGAGGGUGAGUCUGGGACAGCUGGCGCCCUCUCUCGGGAAGACCUGAGUUCAGAGCCUGCCUGUCACUCGUGCUUCCAGUAAGACUGAACCUCCCAAACUAGAAGCUCUCAGCAGCUCCAGCCCUUCUCUCCUUGGUGAUCUCUCCGUCUCUGGGUCUUCUGCCUUUCCGUCUCUGUCCCUUUCAGUGUCCUGUCUCAGUCUCCUCCAUCUCUGUCUCUCUCUCUCUCCCCUUUCUUUCACUCUUUUUCUCCCCUCUUUUAUCUCCCUUUUCUACUUCCUUCUCUCUUCCCUCUCUCAAUACCCCCUUCUCCCUCCUCCCCGUCCCCUUCCUUCUCUCUUUCUCCCCACCACCUUUCUUCUCUUUUCCUCUAAAACCAGGCUCGGGAUUUCGAUGGGAUUCAGGGGAGGGGGAGGAGGAGGGAGGGAGGGAGGAGGGCCAGCUCUGGAAGACGCUGUGAUGGGGGAGGGGGCGGCGAAAGUAGCUGAAAGUUUCCAUACAGGAGUCCAGUCAGGGCCAUAGAUUAAUUAACCGCGUUAUGACUUAAAAAAAUGAUGGCGCUACGAAUACAACAAAGCGCUUUGAAAAGUUUGGGGGGAGGAGGGAGAAGGGAGGAGGGAGACGACCCACCCUGAGGAGGGGGCUUCCGGGGACCGCAGUUCGCGGGACAGGGUCUGGCGCCAGGAAGCCCAACGCUUGUUCCCGGACUGACUUUCCUCGCCAGAACUCUCCAGGAAAAGUAGCUCCAAGAUGAGGAUUCCCGUUAUUAAAACCCGCCCUGGGAGCUGGGGCCGGGGCUGGGCCCGCCUGCUCCCCGGUUCCCGGAGGUGUCUCGCUUUGGAGCGGAAUUCAGGGCGUCCGGCGGACCGAGUGCCGAGCGCCCCGGGACCUGCCACAAUCCGCAGCAAUGGACCCGCUGGGGAGCCUGGGGGCGGGGCCGCGUGGGUGGGGCCCCGGGGCGCCCCGGGAGCGGGGAUUGGGUGGGGGAGGAGAGGGAGCGGGGCCCGCCAGGAACCAGCCAGCCGCGUUCCGUCCCUGUUACUUUCAAUUCCCGCCGGUGACAGCGAUGAAUGGCCGCAGCCUCCUGAAGGUCCUGCUCCUGGGGCUGGUUUUAAUCAGCAUCGAUGGAGUCCUUUGCAGAAAAAACACAUCCCCCUGGCGUGGUACUGAUUCCAAGCGGCUACAAGUAGAGAAAAACUUCACUAAGAGGGAAGUGACGUGUCCCCAAAAUCAGCACCCUGUAGGGAACAUCUGCUGCCAGCUGUGCCCUCCCGGCACAAGGAAAGUUGCUGACUGCCAGGAGGCCGGGGGCCAGCCGCAGUGCACCAGCUGUAUACCUGGGGAGGACUACAUGGACCAACCUCACUAUCAUAAUAAAUGUCUACGCUGCAGCCUGUGUGAUAAGGAGCACGGGUUGGAAAUCCGCGAGAAUUGUACCCCCGAUCAAGAUGUGAUUUGUGGAUGUGCCAAGAACUUUUUUUGCAGCACCCCUGAGUGUAAGAUUUGUUACCCCUGCACUCAGUGUGCCCACGGCGUCCUCAAGAACUGCACGGAGAGCAGAGAUGCUAUCUGCCAGGUCCAAGAGAAUAACUUGCUCUACCUCCUGUUUCUGCUGCUACUAAUUCCGGCUGUCCUUGGCAUUAUUUGGUACUGGAUAAAAAGGCACGGCGAUAAUCCCGAUAGCUUAAACCCUGAAUAUAAUACGGAAGACAUUCCUCUGACUUAUACAGAUAUUGACUUGAGUAAAUAUAUUUCGCAAAUUGCUGAGAGAAUGGAACUCGACCAGGUGAAAAGGUUCGUCCGGGAGAUGAGAAUAAGCGAAGUCAUAAUUGAUCGAGUCAAGCAUGAUUACGCCAACGACACGGAUGAGCAGAAAAUCCAGCUGCUCAAACACUGGUACCAGAGACAGGGCAAGAAGGGGGCGUACAGACAGCUCCUCCAGGGGCUCAAGAAUAUUGGACUGCGAGAGGUUGGUGAGAGACUACAGGAAGUCAUCAGUGCCCACUCAGAAAAUCAUCCUGAAAACGGAAAUUCCAGCCUUCCCCACAGCCAAGGCCUGACCUCCAAUUAAGGAGUCGGGGGUCCCUGUGCCUAUUCAAGUACUUCCAGAAAUAGUGAGGAGGAGUAGGGAAUCAGUCCUCAUUAAGUAGUUUGAGGUACAAAUGCAACUUCUUAGGCCUCAGAUAUUUAUACAGGAGUAUGUCCUAGGUACUCUGGAAAGGUCUCUCCUCCUCCUCCUGCCCCAGUAAAAAUCCUUUCCUUACUGAUGUAUGUUGCCAUUAUACUCUGUUCCAUUAUAACUCUGGCGCUGCCUUCUACGAGAGGUUAAAUGCCCAAAAAAAAUUGUGCAGCAGUCUACUGGACUCCCAACCGAAGGAGAGCCUUCACUUGUGUUACCCAGAUUCCCACUGAGUUCUGGAAUUUGCAAAGUUCUGUUGAGGAAGUCAGCGAUCCGACAGCUUUGGGGACAUUGAAAGUUAACAGUGUCCUAGACUGAGCUGCUCCUGAGAUCCCCGAAGUAGUCAGCAUCCAAAGAAGGAACAGCAGAUCCCCAGAGCAUUGGGGAUCAAACAAGUUUCCAACAUUCCCUCCAGAAACUCACAAUCUGGUCCUAAUACAAAGUCCUGGUUCAAGAAGCAAUUCUAGAAGAAUGGCCAACAAAAACACACGAACUGAAAAGAAGAUAAUCCAAAACAAGCAGUUUUUUUUUUAAUGCCCAAGACAUGAGAUAAGAUGGAAUUCUUGGAUGAAAUAAAGCAUGUCACCUUUCUGAGAAAAAAAAAAAAAAACGACAGAUUCAAGAUACGGAACAAGACUGAUAUUUUGGGGGCAUGGCCAACUCAGGGAUUAGCUGUGUAUAUUUGUUACAAGGAUUUUUCUUUUCUUUUGUUUUCCUUUUUCAAUGAAGGGAAUGGAAGAGAAAGACAAUAAAUUCUUGGUUUUAAAAUUUAAAACAAACCAGGAUCUUCAACUGAUUUCAACACAGAGGUACCAGAUGAAGUUAGAUGCUGGAUUUCUCAUGUUUACAUUGCAAGUUAAAUGAACAGAAAAAGUUCUCUUUUAUGCCAGUAUUAUAAGCUUUUGUGAUAAAAGUUUUAAUUAAAAAAUGAACUUAAUUGAAUAUUUCAUGUUGUUUGGACUGCAGUUGGGCUUUUUGCUUUUGCUGUAGAAUUUGUUGCUGUUCAGUCAUUUCAGUUGUCUGACUCUUCAUAACCCCAUUGACACGGAUCCUGGAAUGGUCCAUCAUUUUCUUCUCCGUAGCACACGUUGGCCCUUUUCAUCUUGCAUGAAUGUUUGCCAGAUGCCCUUAAACAUCUGAUUAAAUGCCUCCCGCUCCAACUCUCCCUGCCGGUGAAGUCUGGCUAAUAGAUCUCUGCACAAAUUUUUUUCAUGGCUGCAUGAUGUCAUCAGUGAGGACGGGCUCUCCGGCUGCCCCCUAAGCAGGCUACGAUUGGGCAAAGCAGAUCAUUUGUGCACUGUAACUUUAAAUAACAAAUAACCAAAUGAGAGAAAUUGUACCCUUUGAAAUGAUAAGUUUGGUCCUACAAAGAAAUAUGAAAAAAUGUCUCUUUAUACUUCUUUGCGGAGGUGGGGGGUGAUGGGUGAGGAAUUCUGCAUUCAAUGGCCAUUUCAGACUUUUUUACUAGGUUGGUUAAUUUUUUCUGAACUUUUUUUCUUCCUCUUUAUUCUUUAUUAUAAGAGUCUUUCUGAGAGAAAAGGUCCCACGUGUGAAAAAUGUUUGUGGCGGCCCUUUUUGUAGUGGCAAGGAGCUGGAAACGUGAGUGGAUGCCCGUCAGUUGGGAAAUGGCUGAAUAAGUGAUGGGGUAUAUGAAUGUUAGGGAAUAUUAUUGUUCUGGAAGAAAUGAUCAGCAGGAGGAUUUCAGAAAGGCUGGAGAAACUUACAGGAACUGAUGCUGAGGGAAGUGAGCAGAACCAGGAGAUCAUUGGACACAGCAACAACAAGAUGAUCGAUUCUGAUGGACGUGGUUCUUCUCACCAAUGAGAUGAUUAGAGCAGUUCUAGUUGUUCAUCUUCACCGACAGAGAGGACAGUGGGAACUGAAUAUGGGUCACAAUAUGCCAUUUUCACCUUUUUGUUGUUGUUGCUUGCUUGCUUUGUGUUUUCUUUCUCAUUUUUUUCCUUUUUGAUUCAUUUUUCUUGUACAACAUAAUCGUUGUAGCAAUAGAAAAAUUGCACAUUUCACUUCCAUUGGGUUACUUGAUGUCUAGGGUAGAAGGAAGGAAAAACAAAAUAUUUGAAACACAAGAUUAUGCAAGAGUACUGAAAAGAAAAAGCUAUUAUUUAAAAAAACGAUGAUUGUUGAGAGUUUUAAAUAUAUGAAGUUUUUAUCAAUUUAAGUAAAAUUCAUUUAUUUUCAUAUUUUAAGAUGUUUUUUAAUAAAAAUAAGUUUUAAUUCAUCAAA